AUGUUCUUCGGAAGAAUUCUCCGCUGGUGGGGUCACCGAGGUGGCGUGGACAACCUUACCACUUUCGCCUUUGAAAAUAUCCUUUACGAUGAGACAACCGUACAGAUCGGCGAGGGUACCCAUGGAACCGUUUACAAAAUUCAAUAUAAUGGGAAAGUUGCUGUCCUGAAGGUACUUAAGCCAGAAGGCAGCUUGGGGUCCUUCAUACAAGAGGUCGACCAACUCCUGCAUUUGGCCGGUGCUGGCGGCUCCCCUGUAAUCCUCGCCAAGACCAAGUUCUCCUUCAGGCUGGAUCGCCGCACGGAAGACGUUAAGCCUAUUGCCUUUGUGGCAUCUUUCUGCGGCGAUGCCAACUUGUGGGAUCUUCUUUGCGAGCAGAGGCUCAAGGAUGAGGAUCUUUUCCGCAUUAGUGUUGGCAUCGUAGAGAAGAUGUGUGAAGUCGCUGAACGGGGUGUUGUCCACAACGACCUUAAGUCUGACAACAUCAUAGUAUCGUUCGAAAAUGGAUUUCCUGAGGUCCAUGUGAUUGACUUUGGCAUGGGGUGCCUCAACGGUGUGAACCAGCACCUGGAUCAGGUCCUGGUUGACAACGACCCAGAGGUAUUGGACUGGAUGGAUCCCUCAGUGCUGGCCGGAGGAGAGAGCACUUUGUCGGCUGACGUCUACAGCGUAGGAGUGAUGCUCGCGGAGAUUGGAGCCAAAAUGACAAACCGCCCCAGCGGCCUUCUGCAGGUGGUGAAGGCCACCCUCCAGCAAAAUGCCAUUGACAGACCCACAAUGCACUCCAUCUCCCAAACCCUGAAGGCCAUGUCAAUCCCAACUUAA